AUGGCGCAGAUCUUCGCCAAGGAGAAGGUGUACGCAGUGGACCAGAGUUUCCAGAACGGCAACCGAGACGCCUUCAACCAGGGCUACGGAAACCUGGGUGGUUUCACAGGCCAGGGAGGCUUCGGCAAACAGGACAAGGUGAACCAGUACGGCAACCAGCAGUACGGUGCCUUCAAGGGCUACGGACAGGGCAACUACGGCAAGCACGGACGCUCGUCGUUUGGCGAGGGCGCCCAGGGCAUCAACAACUACGGACACGCGGCAGGAUACGGGACGCAAGCACAGCAGGGCAAGGGAUAUGGAGGCUACGGACACGGAGGCGUGGCCGGCUACGGGGGAGCCAUCAAUCGUGGAUACGGCGGAUACGGAGCCACACAAGCCGUGGCGCCGAUUCUCGCAAGACCCAUCGCGCAUGGCCUAGCUCCAGGCCUUGGAUACGGAAUUGGGCAUGGAAUUGGGCAUGGAAUUGGGCACGGAAUAGGAGGCCAUCAUGGCAUAGGGGCAGGGCCGCUUUUCUACUGA